CUUCAGAUAGGACGUUGGAAUAUCGUAUCAUAGUGGCAGUAACUGGUAGAGGAUCAUUUACUUUCUAAAACUAUUAUCUGUUAAUGUUACUUUGUGAUAAACUUUAUUACACAAAGUGUUAAAAUUUGUGUUACAAUCCCUCGUGACGUGUUUGGAAUGUGCAAUUAUAUUUUACUUUAAUACGCAGCAGGAUUAAAAAUUGUGAUAAACAUGUGCUCAUUAGUUGUCAGUGGUGUAAAACAAAUGGUCAAUAAUUAUUUUGAAGGCAAAGAACCAUGGCAAAUAGUAACUAUGACAAGUUCAACAGUUCUUACCUCUAUUUGGUUAUGGAAUUUUAUUUUUCAAGAUGAAAGUCUUGUAGAAAGAGCAAAGAAAAGCUUCUUUAAUUUAAUGACUUAUAUACCUGCUGUUAGAGAGAAAAUUGAUCAGGAAUUAAAUAAUAUUAGUCGAUCAUUUGAACAAGAAACAUUGCAAAGAUUAAAGUCAGUACCUUUUGUUGUAAAAUUACCAGAAAAAGGAUUGAAACCAGAAGAAAUAUUAAAAAGGGUAAAAGAAUGUGUACAAUUAGGUGAUUAUGAUUGGGAAAGUGGCAAAGUAUCUGGAGCUAUAUAUAGGGUCGAUACUAAUCUUUUACAAUUAAUGGGAGAUAUUUAUACUAUUGCAUCAUAUACAAAUCCAUUACAUCCAGAUGUUUUUCCUGGUAUUUGUAAAAUGGAAGCAGAAGUAGUUAGAAUAGCUUGCAAUUUGUUUCACGGAGACGAAGAAUCUUGUGGCACUAUGACCAGUGGUGGUACAGAAUCAAUUUUGUUGGCAUGUAAAACAUAUAGAGAUUAUGCAGUACAUAUGAAAGGUAUAAAAAGUCCAGAAAUAAUCCUACCUGUAACAGCACAUUCCGCUUUUGAUAAAGCUGCUCAGUACUUAAAACUUAAAGUACGGUCUGUACCUGUCAAUGAACAUAGCUAUACUGUUUGUAUUAAGUCUAUGGAAAAAUUUAUUACAAAAAAUACAAUAAUGUUAGUAGGAUCAUCACCAAACUUCCCCUAUGGAACAAUGGAUAACAUUGAAGCAAUUUCUGACCUAGGAGUAAAGUACAAUAUUCCUGUUCACGUUGAUGCUUGCCUUGGUGGAUUUUUAAUUUGCUUCAUGCAAGAUGCAGGUUUUAAUGUACCACCUUUUGACUUUAGACUUCCUGGUGUUACAAGUAUAUCAACUGAUACACAUAAGUAUGCAUAUGCUCCAAAGGGUUCUUCACUUAUUCUAUACAGGAAUAAAAAAUUGAGACAUUGCCAGUACACCAUAACAACUGAUUGGCCUGGUGGUAUUUAUGGUUCCCCAACUGUAAGCGGUUCGAGAGCUGGUGGAAUUAUAGCAUCGUGUUGGGCUACAUUGAUGUAUUUUGGUUACAAUGAAUAUUUAGAAUCAACAAAGAAAAUUAUAGAAACUACCAAAUACAUUGAACAGAAAUUGAGAAACUUAGAUGGAAUUUUUAUUUUUGGUACACCAGCUACUUCAGUUAUUGCAUUGGGAUCAAAUGAUUUUCAUAUUUAUAAAUUAUUGGAAGCUCUAAAUGCAAAAGGAUGGCACUUAAAUACACUUCAAUUUCCUUAUGGCAUACAUCUUUGUAUUACAUAUGUUCACACACAAUUUGGUGUAGCAGAUCAAUUUUUAAGCGAUGUUGAAACUGAACUAAAUGUAAUCUUAAACAAGCCAAUGGCGCCUGUCGAAGGAAAGCUUGCUAUUUAUGGAAUGAGUCAAAGUAUACCAGACAGAAGUAUUGUUGGUGAUAUUGCAAAGUAUUUCUUAGAUUCUAUGUAUUAUACACCACAAAUUGAACAAAUUAGUAAUGGUCCAAAUAUCUAA